CAUUCUUUUUGACACCUCAUUCCGUUUGAGCGAUUUCUUGUGCGGUCAUCCAAAGAAAUUUUCCGUAAAACGUUCCAUCUUUAUCGAUCCAAUGAAUCCCGAAUUUCAAGAAAUUGUGUCGCCUAGGCAGCUACGGCACAGCCCUGUACGCGAUAGUGAUGCUCAUUAUCGGCAACUAAAUUCCAGUCAAACGCGAGGACUUCGCACUCCGGGUUUCACAAGCAGGAUUCCGCCACCAUCCGCAGCCGGACGUAGGCAACCAGCCCUUACUCAAGGCCUGGCAACACCAAGCAGGAUCGGGCCGCCCAGUAGAAGCCAACUUCAAACCCCGCAAGCCAUUCGGAGACCCGAACAAAUAAGGCCACCCUCGGGGCUGAGACCACCAGGUUUCUUCAAGCCCUCCUUGCAAAGUACACCCUUGGCAGCGUCUUCGAGUUCUCAAAAAGUCAUCCCUCUCCCCGGUUCGGCAAACGUGCUCGCUCAAGUUCCCAGGCCCUCAAGAAUUCCCGCAGCUCCAACCAGUUCAACGCGAAUUGCAGCCCCUCCCGUAUCACGUGUCCCGUCUACAUCAUUGCUACCAAAGCCAAGCUUUUUGAGGUCACAGUCACAAUCAAGAAUUGUUCCACCCAGCAAACGGACUUCCACUCCGCAGCGUUUAACUACUCAUUCGCAGAGUAGACUUGUAAGGUCUGCGCCAAGAGCAACUGGUCGACCUAGAACGGCUCCAGCAACUCCCCGUGCGGUUCGUCGAGUUGAACCUUCAACCCCAGUUCGGCGACCCCAGGCUCAACUGCCAAGAACAGCUGUAAAACAACGCAUUGUAACUGAUGAUACCGAAGUUUACAGCAUAGCUGGACGGGAAGUGGAGUUCGUUGACUGGGUCCCAUCUCCAGAGGAGGGACCAUCUCGUCAACCUGUUAGACAGAGACCAACAUCUCGAUCAGGUAAAGUACAAAUUGCAAAGGGUGUUGUCAAGAAAGCACCAAGUCGUGGAGCAAUUCCCGUUGAACCAAAAACUCCGGUUGGAAAAGCAAGAAUACAUCUUCCGAGGACGGCUGCCAAACAGCGCGUAUCUACCGAAGAUGACGAUGCCGAAGUGUUCAAUAUAGGUGGACGUGUUGUGGAAUUUGUAGACUAUGUGCCAACUCCAGAGGACAAACCAGCGCCAGAACCAAUUAGGAGACCGGUUGCCCGUCGAGGUGCAGCCCGUAUAAGAAUGACUGCCAGCUCCGAUGGUAGCCCAGAAGGAGCCACGUUACCUCCGCCAAUCGUUGAAGCUAUGCAAGCCAUGAAGAAGUCUAGAAAAGUGCAUGAAUUUCCCGAUGAACCUUCCGUUGCCGCAGCCAAAGAGUUCGCUUCGAAGAUAGAUGCUGAUAUACAACGCUUCCGAGGUAUGGGCGCUGACAUGGCGGAACUCAAACAAAGGAAAUCUGCUGUCCUGUCCAAGAUCAGAAGCAUGUACGAUAAAGAAACACAUGGAGAUGCUGUCGUUCUCGAUGUCGAAGGUUUCCGAACAAAAUAUGGAGUAACGCAAAGCCCAAAGAUGCGGCAACUAUUGGAAGUGACUGGUGAUUGGAACCGUGCCAUACUUGAUAGGCAAGAGCUCGCUGAAAGUUUAGCACAAGCAAAGCCAUUUGUACCACAAGAAAAACCCAAGUUGACGACAAUGCUACAAGGUCUAGCUGAGUCACCGGAUAGGCCAGAUCAAGUUACUCAAAGGAGAUCGGAACUAGAGCUGGCACGACAAGAGCGAAUAGAUAAUUACCGUCAAAAGAAAGAGGCCGACAGAGAAUACCGUCGGAUAUUAGAGGAGCGUAGGAAAAAUCUUCCAAGUCGAAGACCAUACUCAAAACAAGAACGUGAAGACAUCCGCAAACGCUACCAGGAAGCGCAAGAAUGGACCUAUACAGCUCCAACGGAAGAAGAACUGGACGAUGCUUUGAGAUUGGCUGAAAUGAUGGAGCUGGAAGAUGUGGGCGUUUCGGUGGUGGCAGAUCCCGAGAAGACUGUUGAAACCUUAUUCCCCGAAGCAGCUCCCUCAGCCGAAAUUAGCGGUGUCGUCGGGGAUGUUCCAAUACCGAGGAAUAUUCCCGCCGAAGAAAUCAACAAUAUGAACAAUUUGGAUCGAACUACUGCGGAAGUCGCACUGAAAGCUAGUUUGGUUCCGGUUCCAACGGAAGGAGUAACCAAACAGGUUUUGGAAACUAGUAUAAAAGAAAUGAAAAAAGCGAAAAUUGAACCAACACCGCAGAAAUUAGACCCCGUGUUCGAAAUCGAUUUGAAACUGGGUCAGCCUAAACGGAGAAACUACAUUCAACUGCAAGGCUCCUCGUUUCCGUCGUGGUUUCCCGGUUUUUAUAGCAUUUUCCCGGGUGCUCCUGGAUUGAUCAAAGCCAUGAAAUCGCCUAGCGCUACGCUGUUGACCGCAUUCAGACAGAUGCACUCGUCGGCAGCCAUUUGAAAUGUGGUCGGAAGGUAAAUUUCAAGUUGAAGCUUUUAUUUGUGUAUUAUGAUGGUAAAAUAAAUGCUAACGCAAAAGAGCCAUACGAUGAAUAAUGGCACUUUUACAGUACUUUGGUA